UGCUAUUUAGACUGUUAAGGUCGCUAGACAGUCAGUGUUAUUUAGACUGCGAUUAAGUCAAUUCAGUGAGUGUCACUCGCACUAAACAGACAUAUUCAACAGAAUAUGCAACGAAUUGCACAUCACACAACUAAAAAUGUCCAUUGACGAAAAUUUCCAGAGAUGGAGCAAAAAGGUGAUGUCAAAAAUCAUCGAAAAUUUCGGUUCAAACAUCGAUGAAGUACGAUACGAGAUAACCGAGCGUACUGACAUUUAUAUGUCCUCUAUGUAUAAUACGUGUGUAAAAUUUAAAAAUAGAAUGACGAGCCAGAAUGAGGAACGUUCUAUGAUACUGAAAAGACCUAUGCAGGCAGAAGACUGGAGACGGAUGUCCGGCAGCGACGUACAAUUUCAUAAUGAAAUUUUAUUUUAUCGGACAUAUGCCCGACCGGAGGAGAACUUUCCGAGAUGUUUCUACGUUGACGAGAAACCACCUACCGAUUCAGUAAUUGCUUUGGAGAACGUCAGUAAAUUAGGAUACUAUCCUUAUCCAUACAAGUACGACGUUCCUUUGGAGUACACAUUGGCAGCGAUGCGCGAGAUAGGACGAUUCCACGGCAAAGGAUACGUCAUGAAGGAGUUACAGAAGGAAAAGUUCUUCGAUAUUGUGAAGCAGCUACAAGAUUCUAGGUACGGGACAAACGACGACUUUAAGAUUUUUGUUAAUUCUCAGGCAAUGCGAGCAGUAGAAUAUCUUCGCAGGCACGACCAUGACGCGGUUUUUUGCGACAAAAUGGAAGCUCUACUCUCGAACGCGUUCGACGAAGUGAUGAUGAAGACGAUUAAACCGCUAGAACCUUUGUCCACGUUAUGUCACGGCGACUUCACAUUGAGCAAUGUUCUCUUCAAAACGGAAAAUGGCAGACACGACGCAAUACUGAUCGACUUCGCACUUUGCACAUACUCAACUCCCGUCGUCGAUCUAUCCACAUAUCUUUGUUUGUGCUGCCCGAAUGAACUGAAGGGAGAUAAAUUCUUCGGGAUAAUGCGAGUCUAUCACGAUGCACUGAAAAAUUAUCUGUUAGAUGCUGGCAUUUCGGACAUCGAGAAAUAUUCGUACGAAGCUUUGUUGGAUGAUUUUAGAAGAGGUGCUCUCUUCGGUUUCGUCAUCACAUCUUUCUUUUUAUCGAUGUUAAGGGGGUGCGAUGUAGAAUCUCGACAAACCAUGGCAACCAUGGAGUAUGAAGAGAGAGGGAAGUUGUUGAGGCACUAUGGCGGAGACGAAAUAUCCAAGAUAUUAGCCAACACGCUAUUGCAUUUGAAGGAUCUUGGUUGUUUGAACUAUUUUUAAUAACAAUGCGGUAUUAUUCCGAGACACGUAGAUAUGCAUAGAUCAUUAUUAAUCAAUAAUUAUGAAAUAUAAUUAUAAAUUGUAAACAAAUAAAAAUAUAUUAUUAUUAAUAGAUAAGUUGAUAUGUUUACUUAAUAAAUAAGUUAUGAGAUAUUAAAAAUGUUGCUAAUUUAUUAAAAAUCAUGCAACAAUCUUUCUGUGAAGAAAAAUUACCCAAUCUUAAAAAGAUAAGAUAAAUAGAACUUAAAAAAAUAAAAAUUUUGUUUUAUGUCAUUUAAUUGCGUUAUUAAUUAAAUUUUAUUAUUAAAUUUUAAUUAAUCGUAGAAUACUGUUUCAACACUUAUGUAUCAUCGUCCGUAAUGAUAUAUACCAUCAAAAAUAACAGUCUGUCAAAAUAUUAAAAUACAUUAUUUCGCGUAUAUAUGUUUAUAUGUAAUGUAAUUUAAAUAAAAUCUUUUCAACAAGCAAAAUA